GAUACUUGUUACUGUUACAGGUCUCAUACCGUAGCAGCUCAGGGAGGUAUUAACGCUGCACUGGGCAAUAUGGAACCUGACAAUUGGGUAUGGCACAUGUACGACACUGUAAAAGGUUCCGACUGGUUAGGCGAUCAAGACGCUAUCCACUACAUGACCAAGGAAGCACCAGCAGCUGUCAUUGAACUAGAGAACUACGGCAUGCCGUUCAGUAGAACACCAGAAGGAAAAAUUUACCAGAGGGCAUUUGGAGGGCAGAGCUAUAACUUCGGCAAGGGGGGGCAAGCUCACAGAUGCUGCGCAGUGGCUGAUCGAACUGGUCAUUCCUUGUUACACACAUUGUAUGGUAGGUCGUUAGCUUUCGAGUGUAACUUCUUUAUCGAGUACUUCGCAAUGGAUCUAAUCAUGGAAAACGGCGUUUGCAAGGGUGUUACCGCUCUGUGCCUUGAGGAUGGCACCUUACAUCGAUUCAACGCUAACAACACUGUUCUUGCAACCGGCGGUUACGGACGGGCGUACUUUUCGUGUACAUCUGCUCAUACGUGCACGGGCGACGGAAACGCCAUGGCCACACGCGCUGGACUUCCUGGCCAGGACCUUGAAUUUAUUCAGUUCCAUCCCACCGGAAUUUACGGAGCUGGGUGCCUCAUUACAGAAGGUUGUCGUGGGGAAGGAGGUAUCCUGAUUAACUCGGAAGGCGAACGUUUCAUGGAGCGCUACGCGCCAGUUGCCAAGGAUUUGGCUUCUCGUGACGUUGUCUCACGUGCCAUCACAAUCGAAAUCCGCGAAGGACGUGGAGUCGGGCCAGAGAAAGAUCACGUCUUUCUUCAGCUUCACCAUCUACCACCAGAGCAGUUGGCCACUCGACUACCGGGAAUCUCCGAAACGGCAAUGGUGUUUGCGGGUGUCGAUGUCAAUAAGGAACCCAUUCCAAUCCUUCCAACUGUCCAUUACAACAUGGGCGGCGUUCCGACGAAUUAUAAAGGUCAGGUACUGGACAUCACCCCACAAGGUCAGGAUAAGGUCGUUCCCGGUUUGUAUGCCGCAGGUGAGGUUGCGUGUGCAUCUGUACACGGAGCCAAUCGACUAGGGGCUAAUUCACUCCUUGACAUUGUCGUUUUUGGACGCGCAUGUGCCAAGACCAUCAAAGAAACCACGAAACCUGGCCAGAAACCCCUUCCGCUUAAGGAAAAUGAUGGUGAACAAUCUAUCGACAACAUCGACAAAGUUCGCCACAACAACGGUAGCAUCAAUGUGGCAGAUCUUCGUCUAAAAAUGCAGCGAACGAUGCAAAAUCAUGCUGCUGUGUUCCGUACCGGGGAACUGUUGCAGGAGGGCUGCCGCAUAAUGGAUUCACUCUAUAACCAGCUCAAGGAUGUCAAGGUUCACGACAAGAGCAUGAUUUGGAAUAGCGAUUUGAUCGAGGCCCUUGAACUGCAGAAUUUGAUGUUAUGUGCGCAGCAGUCGAUUGUCAGUGCAGAGGCCCGAAAAGAGUCUCGUGGCGCACACGCUCGUGAGGAUUUCAAGGUUCGCAUCGAUGAGUUCGAUUAUGCCAAGCCACUUGAUGGCCAGCAGCCUCUACCCGCUGAGCAGCAUUGGCGAAAACAUACACUUUCGUACGUGAAUGUGGAUACAGGCAAAGUGACCCUCAAGUAUCGACCUGUUAUUGACAGAACAAUGGACCAGAAGGAAUGCAAAACAGUGCCUCCAGCCGUUCGCGUCUAUUAAACUAGCAUUAAACCUAUACUAGGAGCAGCCAAACCGUAAUCAGUUACGCCGCAACGAGUGUGUCAACGGUCGCCGCUUAUUUUGGGACGAUCAUAGUGGCAAACACUAUUUGUUUACGUGUUUCAUUUAUUUGUUCUUAUUUACUCUUCACUCGAUAGGCGUUUAAUUAAUUACGAGGCAGAGCGGAGAACCGAGAUGAAUGGUGAAUAUGAUGUAAAGGUUAAAAAAUCACCCCGAUAGUCUCAGAAGAGGGUUGGCACAGAUCGGACUGCAUCGGCCGCGGUAUUUUAUGAUUUAUCAUUCAUUUUCUAUAGGUCCUCAGCCGAUGUACACUUAUGUGGCACGAUUAGCAAUUUUAUGGGGAAAAUUCGUUCUUAAAUAGUAGAGCUACACUAUCAGAGUCAGAGGGAAAGAAGAUAAGGAAUGAUGAUAUGAAGGCGACCAAAUGGAAAAUAAAAAACAAAAUCAAGGUAAAAAACAAAAUCAAGGUCGCUCUGAACGGCUGCAUGUGUAUCUGUAUUUAGAAACGUAACAGAUCGACGUAACGUCUUUUCUGUAAACGAAAUGUUUACCAAAAUGCACGAAGAAUAACGGCUCUCCGGCUUGAUAUUGCAGCAAAUAAGGGAGAUAUGAUAUUGGCAGUAAUUUAUCUGCCUUAGAAGUGCAAGCAUGAAUGAAUGUGAUUAAAAUUGAAGUUGAGAAGACGAACGUCUUCUCAUAAUACGUAGUAAUUGUAGGAUAGAUCAAUAAUAGUAAUCAAUUAAUUUAAUUCAAAACAAAUAAAAGCAAUGAUAGGCCAUGCAAGUAUACAAGUACCAGCAAGCGGCAAGAAAUGUGUUCAGUUUUCGGGGAACCGAAAACAACGAAACAGUGGUCACGAAGAGUGCAUAUAGGAAGAUAAAUAAAACAACCACCGUCUCAUCACAUUAAAUGUAGAUUUUGAGCUUUACGGCAUGAAAAAUUAAUACAUCAUGAAUUCAUACUGGCUGGA